AUGUGUGGGAUAUUGCUAGGCGACGGGAUUCUAUGUGGGUUCUCUACCUUAACGACGGUUCGUGAUCUUAUUAUAAGCUGGAAUGGUAAUUGGCCUGAUGAUUGGUGUCAACGGUUUGAUAUGCUUUAUAAUUCUCUGUUACCUUUAUUGACCUCUGUUCGUGAUAGAGUUCUAUGGGGGGACAAUUAUACUAUGUGUUCGGAUUUUACAGUGGGUAAUGCUUGGGCUUCCUUAGAGGGUAAUCAUCCUGUGAUCCCUUGGUCUAAAUUGGUAUGGUUCUCGGGUCAUAUUCCGAAGCAUGCAUUCUGUUUAUGGUUGGCUUGUCAGAGACGGCUUCCGACUCAAGACCGUUUACAUUGGAAGGAUGAACCACCAGAUUUGGAGUGUUUGCUUUGUGGUCAAUGUUUGGAUAGUCAUGAUCAUUUAUUCUUUCAAUGUUCGUAUGCUGGAGUUGUAUGGACUAGUGUUUUACAUAUGGUGGAUCUGUCGGGUAUGCCUUCAAGGUGGGAGCAGAUUGUACAAGUUAUUUCGGAUUCUAAUAGUUGUCCGAAAUUGUUAAAGCAGAAGCUUGCWGUGGCCGCUGCUGUUUACUAUAUUUGGUAG